UAUAAAGAGCCAGAAUCACACACGAUCAAUCUUAAACCCAGUAAAGUUGGAGUGUUCUGAAUCCUGGUACCGUAUUUUUUUUUUACUGACACGACGGUGCGAGAACAAUCUCCUGAUCAGCGCACACCAGAUAGUGAAACUCCCUUAAAAUUGGUCCUUCGAGCGAGAUAGUAAACCUGAACUUAACCAAACCGGAAGUGCCGAGGAAGACUUAUGGUGUAACACCGAGCGCUGGUUUAGUCGCUCGAAACCUUGACCGCUUCACUGUUUAGCGUGUGUGUGUGUGUGUAAACAGCGGCGUCAUGGUGUUACGGAGGCUCGUGUACGCGUUGAUCAACAACGCGCAGCUGGUGGAGAGGCUGGCCGAGUCGAGGCCCAUCCGCCGGGCGGCGCAGCUCACAGCUUUCGCCAUCACCCGCGUGCAGCUCGCCGGCAAGGACGCCGCCCGCCAGAUCCGCUCCGGAGAGGUUGGCCGGAGAGGCGUGAGACUUCGAGACAGUUUCCUCCGGGAGGUGAAGGAGGGCAUAAGAGACGCGUCCCGACAAAUUAAGGACAAGAAGUGACCAGUGAAAGUCUGUGUGAACUCUCAGUGUCGGGUUUCCAGAAGAACUGCUUCUUUUGCUGUGUAUAUAUAAUUAUUAGUGAUCUAAAUGUGCAUAUAAAUAGGUCUGAUUGACUGUUUAAUAUUAAUAAAAAAUAAAUAAAUCAGGGGAUAAUGAUAAAUAAA